GCACGGACAACAAAAAGUCACCACUGCCCGGCUGAGGCAUCUUGGUAGAAGCCGAGUCACUUGCCAUUAAUGCGGAAAACUUGCUCUCGUUUCGCCGCCCUGUUAUCUUCGCAACCCAAUUCGUAACGCUCUCCUUGCUCGAAGCGUCUGAAGAUCUCACGCAAUCCUUCUCGCUGCCAAUCUAUAACACUGACCUUGCCGCCUUGUCCUCUAUAUCCUGGCGUUUUUCCAUCUGAAGAACUCUCUCCAUCUCUCUCACGCUCCCUCCUCCUUACCCUCGAUCCGAAGUGAUAACGAUCCUGACGGCCGGGACUGGAGCCUGGUUUGUUCAUUGAUUUUUGCACCGGCACUCUCUUAAUUUACGAAUACCCUCCCCCAUUCUCUUCCCUUACUGCUGCGCCGCCAGCGUCGACCGCUUCCCACACGACACCGCCGCGAUGGACAGCUUUCUGAUGGCCAGACAUGGGGACGAGGACCACGGCGCGGCGACCGCCGCCGACGCUAUGCCGGGAAUGGAUAUGGGAUCCGGCUCGAUGAACAACAGCAGCAGCAGCGGCGGCGGCGGCAGCAUGACGAUGAUGAUGAUGAGCAUCUUCCAGAACAGCAUCAAGACUCCUCUGUACACCGAGACGUGGACCCCGAACAGUGUCGGCACCUACGCCGCAACCUGCAUCUUCCUCAUCUUUCUCGCCUUCUGCAUGCGCGGCAUGCUGGCUCUCAAGUCCAUCCAGGAGAAGCGAUGGCUCGACAAGGACUUCAAGCGUCGCUACAUCAGCGUCAACGGAAAGAUGGGUAUGGCCGGUCAAAUUUCAUCGGAGAGCAUGGCGAAACAGAUGGUGCUCUCGGAGAAUGGCGUCGAGGAGAACGUCACUGUCGUCCAGAAGCAGCACGGGAUAUGGAGGCCGUGGAGAUUUUCGGUCGAUCCCAUCCGCGCCCUGAUUGACACCGCUAUUGCUGGGGUCGGAUAUUUGCUCAUGUUGGCUGUCAUGACCAUGAACGUUGGUUACCUGCUCUCGGUUCUGGCCGGCGUCUUUCUGGGCAGUCUCGCCCUUGGUCGCUUUGCUACUUUGGGUGAGCACUAGAGGCUAUCAGACGUUUGGCUAGGGAGAGAACGUCGAAGACUCGGCUCACUUGCUCCUACUGCGUUAAUACUUCAUAAACCCUGCGGGUAUAUCGGUGGUAUUGCGGUAGCCGAGGAGACGGAAUGAAGAAACGCGAUCACGAGAAAGCAAAACCGAGGAAGUCAGUCCAAGCCUUUGAUAUACUUACUAUUUACUUUUUAUUCUCUGUAAGCUUUUUUUUUUUUCCUCCCGGAAAAGGGGACCUCAGUUAAGAAGGAUUGAUUCUACCAUGUUGCUAUCGGCUUGUGCAUUACUCUUGCUGUCCUGUACACUCUCUAUCCCAGCGGACGGCCGCGGAGCCAAAAGCUGUGACGAUAAAAAAGCUGUCGUGAGGUCUGAUCCCCCCCCAAUCAUGAGUUC